UCACAUCUCAAUAAUUCUCAAUCUCAAAUAACUUUUCAUUACCUACUGCUAAUAAAUAAUAAUGCUAUUGGUGUAAAUAAUCUAAAUUAACUGAGUCCUGUAUGUGAUCUCUUGUGGCAUACCAGAGAGUUAAUAAACACAAAUAAUAUUACCAUGUUCACAGCUCUAGAGGCUUGUUUAGUCUGCUUGAGUACCGAUGUUCAAAUGGUCAGUGUAAAUGUUGGCAAGAUAAAGGAUCACUACAGCAUGAUUUCAGGAUUAAAGAUUCAACAAGGCAAAGGUUUUCCAGAGUUCCUUUGCAUAGGAUGUUUGAGUUAUAUUAAAAAAUAUAUUAAAUUUAGGGAAAAAUGUCAGAGGGCACACUACACCUUGACCCAAAUAUUAGAAAAAAAUAAAGAGAUAACUAAGCCAUUAUUAAAAGCAAUUGACAGAAAGCGACUGAAAAUUAUACCACCUUUGUCAUAUCCAAACCUAAGGGGCUCGAAUGUUCAUUAUGAGAGUGUCCAAUUUAAAUGGAUCAAGGCAGUCCGGUUUCCGCCACAAUCAAAUGAUAUACCUGUGAUGCAUUAUAAUACUUUUCAAACAAAUGAUACCAUGAUGUUAAAGCAAAAUGAUUUAUCUGAUGCCCAUGAGAAUGGCACUUUCGCAGAUGAAAUCCCUGAUAGUAUUUUCGAUGACUGUUUCGACACAAGUAAUGAUGCAGAUGGUUCGAAAUUAGAUGAGGAGUAUGCAAAUACUGUGCCAUUGUCAAAGAACGAAGCGAUGGCUGCUGUAGAGAUAUAUAAGAUGCUAGGCCAUGGUAGCUAUCAAUGUCAAGUUUGCUGUAAAAAGUAUGCAGCUGAAGAACAGUUAACCACACAUGUGCGAAUGCAUGAUCCAGACUUAAGUGGAAACUUUUAUUGUGACCUGUGCCAGUGUUUCUAUAAAACAGAAUUUUUACUCACCAGUCACGUGGAAACUAAACAUAUGUACAAAUAUUUAUGUACCAAGUGUCAAGAAGUCAGUUUUGACAAAGCAACUGCUAAGAAACAUUACCUAGUAGCCCACAUUGAAAAGCAAACUGGACCCACGACAAAAGAAGCUAAAUGCAGCAAGAAAAGAAAUUUGUUAAGGGUUAAGAAUAAGAAGAGAUUGAAGUUGCCGAAAGAUUUUCUUGUCCGUACUCCGAUCACACAGGAGGAACAGUACGACUUGAUAAGGCAAAGGAAACUGUCCAAGAAUUAUAAAAAGUCAAUGUUUAAAUGUGAUUAUUGCUACAGAGGCUUCAGAGAGGUUGCCACUUAUAAGAAGCAUAUGACAAAACAUGACCCGGAGGUGUCCGGUAGUUACCAGUGCGACAUGUGCAAGAUCUACGUGACCUCAACCAGGCAGAUGUACAAACACAUGUCGCUGGCGCAUCUCAACAAGUACUCCUGUCGGAUAUGCAACUUUGUGUGCUUCUGCAGAGGUCAGGCAAAAAUGCAUUACAGGUGGCACAAGAACGUAACAUACCCGUGUCCACACUGUGAUCAGAACUUCACGAAGCUAUCAACGCGGCUGACCCAUAUAAGAAUCAAACAUCCGUCCACCAACAUCUGCAAUGUGUGCGGACACAGUUUCGUGAGUGACACGGGCCUGUACUGCCACAAGAAACUGGUGCAUACUAAGGAGGAGAUCGAAUGGAGCGAGUCACAAUGUAUCGAGAAGACGAGUCCCCUGUACUGCGAGGCGUGUCAGGUUCAGUUCCGGAACGACACAGCCUUCGCCACGCACUUCGGUAGCUCCAGCAAACAUGCUGACACCAAUAUCUCAACAAAACAGACUAGCAGCAGUGCUAAGACGAAGAGACGCGGACGACCUCGAGCUGUGGACACGGUGUACGGGGCCACGUGUGAAAUUUGUCAGAAGUACUUGUGUAGCGACAGUCAGGCUCGCAAGCACUACGAGAGUGAACACCCGGGCUCGGAGUACACCAAGCGGUACAUGUGUGACAUCUGCGGGCACAUCACUAAGCAAUAUGCUAACCUCAUGGUACACAUGCGGCGCCACACGCAGGAGAAGCCGUACGCGUGUCCGCACUGCGACCGCCGGUUCAGUAUGGCCAACAACCGGGACCGCCAUCUUGUUGUACAUACUGGUGAGAAGCGCUACGAGUGUCAACAUUGCAACCGUCGCUUCACCCAGAGUAGCGCGGUCAAACUGCACAUACAAACUGUCCACCUGAAGAUACCGUACGCGCCCUGGGACAAGAAGAACAGGAAGCGGAAGAGACAGACGGACAGCGGCACGGUGCUCGAGCAGCAGAAGAUAGUGGCCGACCCCAUGCAAGACUAUAUCAACGCGUACAUCACUUAUAACGAGUGACGUGGCACAGACAUUCUACUAGUGGGAGGCUCCUUUGUACAGGAUGCCGGCUACAUUAUAAUGAUGAUAUGAUAUGAUAACACAACGGCGCCUAUUUCUGCCAUGAAGCAGUAAUGUGUAAGAAUUAUUGUGUUUGGGUCACCAUAGCUAGUGAAAUUACUGGGCAAUGAGACUUAACAUCUUAUAUGUCAAGGUGACGAGCGCUAUUGUAGUGCCGCUCACAAUUUUUUGGCGUUUUUUAAGAAUCCUGAGCGGCAUUGCAUUAUAAUGGGCAGGGCGUAUCAAUUACCAUCAACUGAACGACCCGCUCGUCUCGUCCCUUAUUUUCAUGAAAAAAUCUCUAAUGGCCUUACAAAUAAAUUUGGCAUAAAGUUACUCCUGAGAAUAAACCAAGAAUAUGCAAAAUGUUAACUAUAUCGCUGACAACACUGACAAUACAAUGAUAAUUCUGAAUUGUAAACAUUUUCCUUAUUCUUGGUUUAUUCUCAGGUGUAAUUUUAAACCAAUGUUAUUUGUCGGGCCGAAGUACUGGAUAAUAAUUACUAAUAUUUUCUCUGUAGGUUUAAUAAAAUUAUAAGUAUAUUCUGGCACAACACACCAUCAUUUCGUAAGUAAUAAAACGCUUUUUAUCUAGGAUGAAGUAUUAACUGGAUUUACCAUACGCGUACAUCCAAAAGGGACUAAAACCGGAAAAAAAUUUAAUAAUUAAUAUAUUUACUAGUUAUUCCUGAUAUUGUGGAAUUCGAAUUAUUGUAAGAAAUACUUAUCUAAAAGUAAUUUCAGACGUAUUUCUUUUUAUCUAAAAAUAUUACCUACGUAUGAAAAAGUAUGUUUUCUUAUUUAUGUUAGUGUUUUUGUAUAUUAAAAUGUUAAGUCAAUACAAAACUUGACCACAAUAUUGCUGUCGUCAUUUUUAUUCUUAACACUUUGUAUAUAUCGUAAUGUCGUAAUUGCACGAUGUAUUAUUAUGAGGUUGACACAUCCAGGUGUAUACUUCAUCCUAGAUCUUUAUUGCAGUAAAUGUAGUAUAACCUAUCUCUUCGAUUGGAUGUGGAAUUUUUCGUUAUAAUCUAUUGCUUGUUAGAACAUUCCAUUGACUUUUUGCGGUUUACUUUAGUAUCGGUGCACAAUUUCCUUGUAGGUAGUAAUCUGUAUGAUAAGUUUUAUAUAAUGUUAAUAAAUAAAUGUAUGUAUAAAUAAUGGUUGGGAGGCUUUUUGCGUUAAUAUAAUAGAGUAUAUUAAAUAAUUAAGUAUUAUUACUAAUAAUAUUUAUUAGCGUGUAACGAAACUUAAAUAACCGAUUAUUGUGUAUACAAGUAUAUUUAAAUUAUUUUUCUGUGCAAUUUGCUUCAGAAUUAUUUUACUGUCUAGAUUAACAUGUUUAUGAAAGAAAUUAGAAUAAUAUGGAAUGGAAUAUUAUAUUGU